CAAAUCAGAUUUAUAAAGACCUGAUCGGAGUAAGAGAAAAAAAAAAUAAACAAUAAUAAUCUGUCAUAAUUAUUUUUUUUACCAUCUUCUUCGACUUUUCUUCUCUUGAAUUCAAUGGAUUCCACGAUACAUCUCCUCUCAGAUUAUAAGGAUUCAACAACAGAAGUACACGAUGUCCCUCUGGCAACAAGCACAUCUUUCACUGCACUGCUCAAUAUGAUGGGGCUCUUGAUAGGGUUGGGGCAGUUAUCGACUGCCUAUGCACUACAAACCGGUGGUUGGGCAUCUGCGUUCAUCCUAUGUGGUUUGUUCAUGUUGGGGGCAUAUACUUCUCAUUUACUAGGUCUCUGUCUCGCAACCGAUGUUCGCCUACGAAGCUACACAGACAUCGGGUACCAUGCAUUUGGAAGAAAAGGACGAUGCAUAUCAUUAUUUUUCGUCAACAUGGAGUCUUUCAUGGCACUUGUUUCUUUCACAAUCUCCAUGACCGAUCAUUUAACCCGAGCUCUGGACGGAUAUCGUAAUUUCCAUAUUUCGGUUUUCAACUUACCCACAGCUCAGAGCCUGACAGUGAUUGCAGUAUUGGUUUCUAUACCGUCCGUGUGGUUAAGAAAUCUGAACAGCAUAUCGUUCAUUUCGACGUUCGGUAUUUUGUUAUCGUUCUUGAUAUGUGGUGUUUUAUUCUGCAUUUGUUUCUUUGGUGGGAUUAAAGCUAACAAACCUAUACAAGUUUUCCGAAUCCAUAAUAUUUUCUCAGUGUCCGGUCUGUACAUUUUCAACAUUGCCUCUCACAUGGCCAUCCCUGACGUCUACAGAUCAAUGGAAAAUCCUGCCACAUUCUCUACUAUUUCGUAUUUAAGCUUUGGUAUAGUGUCGACUCUAUACACAGUUCUGGCAUUCUUGGGAGCUAAAAUGUUUGGCCCAGAGGUUAGCUCACAGGUUACGCUGAGCAUGCCCAAAAAUUUGGUCUUUACGCAGAUUGCAUUAUGGGCAGCAAUCAUUACACCAAUGACAAAGUAUUGUUUUUUUACGGUUCCGAUGGCAUCUGAAGUGGAACGUCAUCUGCCGGCUAAAAUGCCUUUGUGGAAGAGAACAAUUAUAAGGGGUGCAGCCGGAUCGCUAUUUCUAUUAAUUAUUCUUGUCUUAGCAAUUACCAUCCCCUUCUUUGAAACUGUUCUUGGCCUAACGGGUUCGUUGGUUAGUAUUUUUGUAUCGGUUAUUCUUCCCAUUGCCUUUUAUCUUAAGAUUUUUAGAAAAAGAAUUUCGUUUGCUAGUUUAGUGGUGCAUCUGAUCAUCAUAAUUAUAUGUUUGGUUAUAGGAAUCAUAGGUACAGUAUCAAAUGCCAGGUCUAUGAUUAAUCAUUAUUACUGAAUUGCUGCUGAUCGUUGUAUUGAGACAAUUCCGAUAUAAUGUAAUUUUUGUUAGUCGUUCAUGUCAAAGAAACUACGUACUCUAACAUCACCGACAAGCAAAUGAAAAAACAAAUUUUUGAA